CUCUUUUUUUUUUUCUUCUUCUUCUUUUUCAUCUCUCUUUUCUUAAAUAUAAAUCAUAUACAAUGCUUCACCUUGUGAAUCAACGAUAUGAUAUUAUUACUACACCGGAUAGGUCAGUACCUUCUAGCCCAUCACUGUCUCCAGCAGUGGUGACUCAUACAGUUGCAACAAGUAGCAAACCUCAUCGAAAGUCAUGGGAUGCUACAGCAGUGGAUUUAACAGAGCUAUCCAAACUAUUAGCCAACAACAACAAUAAUAAUAAUAGUGGUGGUGGUGGUGCUGUGAAAGCCAAAAAUAAUAACAAUCAUGCUAGGCCCCGUUCACAAUUAUUUCAAUCUUCUAAACCACCUUCUCCAACACUUUCUACGUCAUCUGCAGAACCCACUUUUUGUACAAAUUCCAAUGCAGCAGCCGCACCUAUUCUUCUUACCACCUCUCAACAACAACCCCGACCCAUUUUAUCACACCGACCUGCUAGUACUUGUUCCACACCCUCACAAUUUGUCUUUAAAAAACCAGAAUAUGAUGAAAGAUACCACCAAACCCAUUUUCAUCGUCAAUCUUCUUCCUCCUCUUUACACAAUAAUAAUACCUCAGACCGUAAGGAUCUAUUUUUGGCUUGGUCUGAUUUACGUAGAUUCUUUGUAAAUACUCAACAACAACAACAACAACAACAGUGUCUUGUGUCACCAACGUCACCUACCACUUCAUCAUCACAUUCUCAUGAAGAUAAUACCAUCAUCACUACUUCUGCAACAAAACCUGGUACAUUUGCCAACCAAUUUCGACAGGAUAUUGGUGGUAAAUAUGGAACAUGGGGAAGAUAUAUUGGAAAAGGAGCUGGAGGUUCGGUCAGGCUGAUAAGACGUUCGGCGGACCAAAAGACAUUUGCGGUUAAACAAUUUAGAAAGCGAUUAGUGCAAGAAAGUGAAAAAGAGUAUAUUAAAAAGGUAACAGCCGAAUUCUGUAUUGGGUCUACACUACAUCAUCCCAAUAUCAUUGAAACACUCGAUAUCAUUCAAGAGGGUAGUAGUUACUUUGAAAUUAUGGAGUAUGCUCCUAACGAUCUUUUCAAUGUCGUCAUGAGUGGCAUGAUGUCUCGUGAAGAAGUUGCUUGUUGUUGGCGUCAGUUGUUAAAUGGGCUUGAAUAUCUUCAAUCGAUGGGUAUAGCGCAUCGCGAUAUCAAAUUAGAUAAUUUGGUUUUGGAUCAUUAUGGAAUAUUAAAGAUCAUUGACUUUGGAUGCUCUACUGUAUAUAAAUAUCCAUUUGAAAAUAAUAUUACACAAACUAAAGGCAUCUAUGGCUCGGAUCCUUAUAUUGCUCCUGAACAAUACACUCAGCCUACCUAUGAUCCUCGUCUUUCCGAUGUCUGGUCCUGUGGUAUUGUAUUCCUCUGUAUGACAAUCAGACGUUUCCCUUGGAGAAUACCCCGUCAAAGUGAUCCUUCUUUCCGAGCAUUUGCCACCAACCAAAACCAACAACAGUUUCGAUUACUCAAGUUAUUACCACGUGAAGCUAGACCCGUCAUGGCAGGUAUCUUGGACAUUGACCCCGCUAGAAGAUCUACCUUGGCUACCGUCUUGGCUGAUAAAUGGGUGCAACAAAUCGAUGUCUGUCAUAUCCAUGAACCAGGUACCAGGCAUGUCCAUCAUGUCUUGACCGCACCUCCUUCCACAGGUGGUCGUGAUAACCUUGUUGUCGUCACCCCAGAACCUCCUGGUGUCGUGGCCGAAAAAGAAAAGAGAAAGCGUCUGAGUAGACCUGCUUCUCCCUCCAUUAUACCUGCUGCUGCUGCUGCUGCUGCUGCUGGAAAGAAUCCUUCCGCCUAAAAUAGAGUCCCCCUACAAAAAAAAAAAAAAAAAAAAAAAA